AUGGAAUUAGAAGAGCCUGAUUUUUUAGUAGCUUUGACUCAUACUGAAAGUGCAGAUGGAAGACUUCUAGAACUCAAUUGGUGCGCGUAUAAUAUCCACACAAAAUCAGUCACAGAAUUGUCAAAUAUUUUUAUUAACCCCAGUGGAGAAGAACUUGAAGAUAUUUUUACAUCUGGAGAAGUCACUGAAACAACAGGCCUCACUUUACAAGAUAUGCAAACAGCAGAAGAACUCCCUUCUGCGAUGCAGAAAUUUAAUAAAUUCGUGUAUGAAUCUAUCAUUCUUCAAAAUUCCAGCUUUUCCAUAAUCACAAAUGGAGAUACGCUGCUUACUCAACUUUUACCUGAUGAAUGUACUAGACUAGGCUUAAAAUUGGCUCCUCAUUUUUCAAAAUAUCACGACAUUCAAGCAGAAUUUGAAAAAUCUCAUCCAGAAGCUUCUCAAAAUUUAAGUGUAAACCAAAUGCUGAGACAUUUAGGACUUACUGAAGUACCUGAAAAGAUUAGAGCCCAUGAAGAAUGCAAAAAUAUAAUUAGAAUUAUAAGCCACAUUGUAAAGUCUGGACAUAAGUUUAAUGCACAAAAAGAUAUAAAUACAGAAAAAGCUAAACCAAAAGUGCCACCACCAGUCAAGCAGGAAAUUAUUCAGCCGCCAUUGCUACAACCGUUAUUAUCUCCUCCAAAGCCUUUAUAUGGAAAAGUUAUCAUUAUGAAAGGAACUACUAACAAAACUGAAGAAAGUGAAAUUGAGGAAUUUCUAUAUGGUUUAAGAAUAGAAAAAAUUUUGCAUGUUGUAGAUCCAUAUGGGGAAAGAACUGGCUUUAUUUUGAGCAAAAUGCUAUCCGAUGAAGAUGCCCAAGAAGCUUUAUGCUAUGAUAAAAGAAAACUAAGAAACAGGACUAUCAGCAGUAAUUUAUAUUUUAGUUGAAGAAGCUUCUGAAGAGCUAUUUCAGCUUGCCUCUCAAAAUGCAGAAUCAAUGCUUAAUGGUGAAAGAUUAUUUUUUAUUAAAAUUCGAGAAAAAAAUCUACAGCUUCAAGCUAAAUCCAGUAAAAUCUUACUUAGAAUGGUCAUACCUCCACAAUGGAAACUAUUAUUAUGGCCUUGAUGACAAAAAUGAUAUCCAAAAUUACCAGCAGCUUAGAGUUGAUGAGCAAGAAAUUAUAAAUAUUUUUAGAAGUAGCCUAACAAAAUCACUGCCAUUCUUAACAUCUGAACAAAGAUCGAGAGCUGUGAAAUUGCGCGGCUUCCAUCAAAAAUUUAAAAAAAUUGAGGUUUUGGAGUACUUAAGGGAUUUUGAAGUAACAAAAAAUAACUUGAUUCUAAGGCAAGACUCCAUUGAUAAGACUACUGGAGAAGCUAUCGUAGUGCUAAAGACACAAGAAGAAAAAGAAAGAGUCUUAAAGACGCUUUCAAAUAAAAUGUUUGGAGGCAGACUAAUAGAAGCUAUACCAUUAAUUAAUACUUAA